AGAUAUACUUGGUUUUAUUUGCCAUGUCAUAUACGAAUCAUAUUUGUUUUUUUUUUCUUUAUCUAUGAGUCUGACUAUAGAAACUUUGAUGAUUCAUCCUCCAAUUUUUAUUUAUAUAUAUUAAUAAUUAUUUAUAUUUUCUAAAUAUACAGUACUUGGUUAAUUUUCUGUCAGGUUUUGAUUUAACUUAUGGCCAGACAUAAUAUAUACCCAACAAAGCCUUUUAAUUAUUACCAUAAACUUAUAUAAACAAACAAUUUGUCCAAUAAGUUGUUAAGCCUGUGGACUAACAAAUAUCAAAUAUAUUUUGUAGUAUUGGGCUUUAGUUAGGUGCAAUCUUGAGCCUAAGGCCUCAAGUGAAAUAGUAAGCUUUUCCAUAUUAAGUAGCUAAUUCAAACCCAGCAAACAAAUCAUGAUCAAACCCAUAUUUUAAGUUUAGAAGGAAAUAAUUACUUGUGUGAUUCAUGAGUAAUACCAGAUUCAAAAAUCAGGUAGUCUUAAAAUCUACUGGUAGAAAGGUUGUGAUAGAUCAGAUUGCUACAACAUUUUACAAAACUAAUGAAAGAGCUUAAUAUCCGUUUUUUAAAAUUAGGGUACAUUUCAUCAGUACAUGGAAAUGGAGACUGCACAUUAAAAUAUGAAGGUUUAUGCUACCAUAGAUCCCGCAUUCCCGCUUACAGAUUUUUCCAUUUUAUCGUAUACGCAAAAUAAGAUUUCAAUAGUUCUAUCAGUUAUGUUAUUAAUAAAUAAUUGGUCAUAAUCUAUGUAUGAUCUCAGUUGAACUUUCUGUCUAUAUGUAAACUAUUCAUCUCCGUGAUUUUUGUUCAAAUGUGUCCUGCGACAAUCCAAAUUCAAUUAACCAAUCACUUUCAUCUCACCCCACCUUCACACGUGUUUGAUAAAUAUUCCUUCAAUCUUUUUAGUACUAUACCUAAUAUCUUCUCAGUGUACUAUACGAAAGCUAAGUUUUUUCUAUUGUUUAGUAAUUAUUUACAUGUUAAUUCAAAAGAUGUCGACAACAACUCAAAGAGAUCGUCGAACAUUAAACCCAAUGGAUCACCGAUAGACUUUUAGAUGCCUAUAUAUAUAACCGAACUUGCAUGUACUUGUUUCCUGACCACUACAUAAUGCGAUGUCUAGAACCUGUUUGUUUAGGUUAAACAUACUACAUACUUUUUCACCAUGUAAAAGACCUACAAAAAUUACAGUGUGUUUCAAAAUCAGUAUAUGUGAUCUUUUUGUAUGACAUGAAAUUGUUAGACAUGUCCCUAUGUUAACCCCCAAAGUAAGACUAAAAUAAUUUGGUUCAUAUGAUACGAUUCUCAAGGUGUAAACCAUAUUGGCUCAGAAAACAUUUAGUUAUAUGGUUUAAUUAAUUGUCGUCAUCAUUACGCUGAUCUAAGUUGAUAAUUGAUUUUUACUGUAGAUUUUCUUUUUGCCAUAUAAUGAUUAUAAGUUUGAUAGUUUAAAUCUCAAGUAUAAUUUCUCGAUCAUUUAUAUAUAUAAAUAAAGUAGAUCUCGACAACAUUUUUAAAUGAGUGUGGGUAACCAAACAAACUUAAGCCGUAGGGGUAAAGUGAAAAUAGGGUUAUGGCAUUUUGGUUAAUGGCCCCAUAUAUAUACGUAUUUCAUUUAAGAACUAAAAUUUGAUAUGUCGAUUAUUGUUAUCCGACCAAACUUUAAAUUGAUCGAGAUACACUCAAACUAUUGCUUAUAUAGUAUCAAUCGAUAGACUAUAGUAUAUUAUUGCUUGCAAAGUAAUCAGGUGAAAACAAAUGAAUGGCAAUGAUUAUUUACAUGAUUAUGCACAUCUUUUGAAUUGUGAUUUUGACUAAGAUAAUAUUUUUGUAAAUAUUACUCAGUGAAAAGGAGAAAAAAAUCCAAACAAAUAUUAUCUUAGUUAUCUCAUGACAUGACAUCUAAUUAUACAUAACUGACAUAAUUCGGACAUCAUGUCAUCAUGUUUUAUGUAAUAAUGUAAUAUAUUUAGCAAAAAAAAAAGUUUUAUGUAAUAUAGUUAAUAGAUUAACCAGAGGUCUAGAUAAUUGAAUAUGCCUUCAGUUAUUUCCCUAGUCUUCUUAAGACAUAGUGUAUAUUACAGAGAAAUCGAAAAAGAUGACAACAACCUAAACACAUACUGAAACCAGCAGCUGGUUGGGAGGGAGGGGCUGAGAGUAACCACAUCAAUACCAAAACAAAUCAUCCACGAGACAGAGAUAAAAGGAGACUUUGCUUAAAGACCAAUUAGAUGCAUCAAAGCCCUUACCAUGUUAUUUUAGCUGUAUAGUAAUAUUUAUAAACAGUUAUCUUUUCAUAUUAAUAUUGUACAUAUAUAAAGAUUAACGAGAGCUGAAUUUGUUAACUUAUAUAUUCUUAAAAUUUUAUUAGAUAUGUUAUACUUUUAUGUUUAUGUACUCAUGAAUAACGAAGAAAGGUAAACAAUUCUUAGGAAGAUAUGAAAGCAAAGUUAAAUAUCAUCAUAUGAUGUAUUGACAUAUCCUCCUAAAGUGGUUGAAAAACAAAACAACUCAUUAUACAAACCAAAUAUCUACCACCAAACCGAAUUUGACUAAAGCGUAUAAAUUUAAAUAUAAGCCAAACCUUAGAUACAUGUACAUAUAAUAUAUAGAGUAGACAAUAGUGGAUGGUGGUAGUGGAACCACUUAAUGCGAUUUCACCUUCCCUGUUUUUCUCCCUUUCACACAAAAAUUAAAAUAUAAUAAUUAAAAAAAUCAUGUCACACCAAAUAUCUUAUUUACCGUAAUACCAUAUUUCAUAAACUCCUUAUUCGAGUAUCUAUUCUCAUCUAAAUCACUUCUAAAGUUUUCUCUCAUCAAAAACAUACCCCAAAAGUUUUGUUUUCUUUGUUUGGUCAGAAGAAGAUGGAGUCCGGUAAUAGUAGUAGCAUGCAAUCUUCAAGCGGCGGUGGAAGAGGAGGCGAAGAAGAGUACGAUUCACGCGCCGUCGAUCAAUCCAUCUCAGCCUUCGACCACCACAAUCACCACGUACCAUCCCUACCUCCGCAGCAACAAAGCCACCUUAACCUCCUCCACUUCGACCACAACAGCGACAACAACUCUCUAAUACUACCAAACUACUUCAACAACAACACGUUCUUACCCAUAAACCAACAACCCGACCCGACAUCUCAACCCGACCUCCGUACCUUCUCCGCCACAUCAUCAUUCCCUCCUCCUAACAACAUAGGAGUAACCAAGAAACCCAAGAAAAGAUCACGAGCAUCAAGAAGAGCACCAACGACGGUUCUAAUGACGGAAACUUCGAACUUCCGGGCGAUGGUUCAAGAGUUCACCGGAAUCCCAUCUCCGCCACUAUUUAACAACUCCGUCGUGAACACCACACGCCUCAACACUUUCCUCGGCCUGUCUUCUUCUUCAUCACCAAACUCUUACAACAACAAUCUCUUGUUACGACCUUUCGCUCAACAACUCCUCCCAACAACGUCUCCUCUCCUAUCCGGAUCACAGAUUCAUCAGCAAUAUCAAAACCCUAACAACGGUUUCGAGAAUAUUAAUCUACAGUCUCUUCUUCAAGCUCAGAUUUCAAACAUUACUUCAAACCCUAGAAGCAAUAAUAACGAUCAGUUUGGUCAAGCUAUGUUGCAGAGUGCAUCUACUACUCCUAUGACGACAACGGCAGUGGCUAACGGGAACAUAACAACCGGUGAAAAUGGAGGUUACGGUGGUUCCGAUCAUGAUCAUAAUAAUGACAGUACGUGGUUAUGUUCAUCUUCUGACCAAAGAACAUAAUAGUAUGUGUAUAUAUAUUGUCCGAAAUCAAAGUUAGUCUGUUGACAUGAUUAUUCAACAAAUUAAAUAUAGCACAUAUAUGAUGAUGAAGUUACUCGUUCAUGAUUUCUAUUUUUAAUAUUAAUUACACUUUUAGAAUUA